AUGGAUGAGGAUGGGCUUCCUCUCAUGGGGUCAGGCAUAGACCUGACUAAGGUGCCAGCUGUUCAACAGAACAGAACGGUGGCAUUUCUAAACCAAUUUGUGCUACACAGUGUACAGUUUCUCAACCGAUUUUCUACAGUUUGUGAGGAGAAACUGGCAGACCUUUCUCUUUGUAUCCAGCAAAUUGAAACAACUCUCAAUAUUUUAGAUGCAAACUUGUCAUCUAUCCCAGGGCUAGAUGAUGUCACGUUUGAAGUAUCUCCUAUAAGUGUCACUAGGAUCACAAAUGAAACACAUUCUGAAACCACUUCAGAGCAAUCACAGCAGAACAGUUUACAAGACUCUGGACCACAGGAAAGUGAAGUAACACCAGAAAAUAUCUUAACUGUAGCCAAGGAUCUAAGAUAUGCCAGAUAUCUCAAAAUGGUGGGUAUUCCAGUGAUGGCAGUAAGAAACAAAAUGAUAUCAGAAGGACUAGACCCAGAUCUUCUAGAGAGGCCAGAUGCUCCAGUGCCUGAUGGUGAAGGUGAAAAAAAUAUAGAAGAAAGUUCAGACAGCAAAUCUUCUUUUAGUGACUAAGCUUAAUUUUUAUAACAAUUACAUAUACAUGUGUUGGUACACAUUU